AUGACUGGUCAUAAAAUAAACCGCUUCAAGAAAGCUUUCAAGACCCCAUCCGUGCGUAUGAUGGAUAUCCAGGGCAAUCUAUUUGUGUUAGCCAACAGUAUGGCGUUUGAAGGAGAUGGCUGUGAUAUAUGUCAAAGGGCUGAACGGCAACUACAGGAAAUUUCUGUCAGAUUAAAAUGUGCUCAGGGAAGAUAUACUGCUGGUCAUUGUGAAGUGGAAGACCCAAAAUACUAUACUAGACCAAUACUACUACAGCACUUUCCUAUGUACAGGACAUCCGAUGCUAAUUGCUCAGGUCCAGACUCUGCUCCAAUUGAAGAAAAAUAUGUAAAAUUUAGACCAAAGGUGGACUGUUUGUCAGAAAAGGCAUCAAACAGACUCCUAGAGAGUAUCCAGCCUCGCCUUGUUCUCAGUGCUCACACUCACCACUUCUGCUAUAGAGAGCUUCCGCCCCACAAUACUCCUGAGUGGACACUGCCUUCAUUUUCGUGGAGAAAUAUUAAAAAUCCAAGUUUUUUACUCGUAUGUAUAUCAGUAAUCAAGUAAUAAUUCAAGUUUACAAAGGAAACUGGUAAUGGUAGAUUAGGCCACGCUUUUUUAUUUUUA